GAAAGGAGAGAAGGGGACAGAUAGACGGAGGCGCGGUACCAGAGCGCUUGGGAAAAUAAGGAUCAGACUGAUACGCUUCACUGAGGCAUGCGCUUUGCGUAAGGCAGCAUCUUCAGGAGGAUUCCGCUCAAGUGCCCUCUUUUGUUCAGAAAGAAGUUUAAUAAAGAAGUGGAUUGUGACAUAUCGAUUACUAUGGGGUCCAAAAGGCACCGUUCAAAGACUUCAGCGUCUUCACACAACCCGAGCUGCUCUCCAAUGGGACUUUCACUGUUGAUUCUUCUACCUUUGUCUGUUGCCUUCAACUUGGAUGUGGAGAACCCAGCGGUGUAUACUGGACCCAGCGGUAGUUACUUCGGGUACUCGGUGGACUUUUACAUGACUGACUCAAGUGUGAGUAUUAUAGUUGGAGCACCCAAAGCCAACACCAGCCAGCCCAACAUCAGGGAAGGAGGAUCAGUCUUCUACUGUCCAUGGAGCCUCAGCCAAUCACAAUGCAGCAGCAUAGAGUUCGAUAUACAGGGAGAUCUAAACAUGAUAGUGAAUCAAGCAGUACUUCAGGGAGAGUUCAAAUCCCAUCAGUGGUUUGGAGCAACAGUACGAGUGCAUGAAGAUAGUGUGCUGGCUUGUGCCCCCCUCUACUCCUGGAGAACCAUGGAGGACAAGCCUCAUGCUGAUACUACUGGCUCAUGUUUUCUGUCCGUCAAAAACUUCACUAAGUUUGUGGAAUAUGCUCCGUGCCGCACAGAAUUCCGUGGAAGAAAAGGACAAGGCUACUGUCAAGGUGGAUUCAGUGCUGAUUUUACACGGGAAGGAAAGGUGGUGCUUGGAGGACCUGGCAGUUACUUCUGGCAAGGCCAAGUGAUCACUGCUGUUAAACAAGAAAUAGUCAAAGCCUAUUACCCAGGAUUCUUCUUGACCUCAGUGGAAGGCCAGAUUCAGACCAAACAGAAAAAGGAGAUCACAUUUGAUGACACCUACAUGGGUUACUCAGUGGCUGUCGGCGAGUUCAGUGGUGAUGAUGAUGAAGGUGAGUGUUGUUACUCAGUGGCUGUCGGCGAGUUCAGUGGUGAUGAUGAUGAAGAUUUAAUAUCAUCAUCUGCUAUGGGUUCCUACUAUGGCUAUGCAGUGGCUGCUACUGACAUAAACAAUGAUGGGAUGACGGACCUGCUGGUUGGCGCACCAAUGUUCAUGCUUCGUGACUCUGAUGGGAGGUUGGAGGAGUUGGGUCGGGUCUAUGUGUACAUGCAGAACGGACCUCUGGAUCUCACACCUCAGCUACCUCAUCUCACCGGCACACAGACAUUCGGCCGGUUUGGCAGCUCCAUUACCCCUCUCGGAGACCUCAACCAAGAUGGUUACAAUGACGUGGCCAUCAGUUGUCCGUUUGGUGGGGAAAACAAACAAGGACUGGUGCUCAUCUAUAACGGACAUGUUGGAGGACUCAGGGAAAAGCCCUCUCAGGUGAUCGCUGGCCAAUGGGCUUCUGCCACACCGUCAGCUCUACCUGCCAGUUUUGGUUAUGCCCUUCGUGGAGGCAAAGACCUGGAUAAUAAUGGCUACCCAGAUCUUAUUGUUGGCGCAUUUGGUGCAGACACUGCCGUUCUUUAUAGGUCUCGUCCUAUUGUGAACACCAGUGCUACCUUGACUGUAUAUCCAACUAUGAUUAAUCCUGAGGAGAAAGUUUGCACCAUAAGCCGUGGGAAUGAAACCCUGCAAGUGUCCUGUGUCAACCUGAGCUUUUGCCUCUCAGCCAAUGGGAAGCACCUACCAAAUCAUCUCGAGUUUAACGUUGAAAUUCAGCUGGACCGGCUGAAGCAGCCGCAGAAGGGGGCCGUACGGAGAGCUCUGUUUUUAGACACCCAGCUUCCCGCUCUGCAGAGGACUCUGACUGUGCCAAAUGGAGCCAGAGUCUGCAGUGACACCAAGAUCUUCUUGCGGGAUGAGAAGGACUUCAGGGAUAAGCUGUCGGCCAUCUUCGUUGCGCUCAACUUCAGCCUGAACCCUCAAGCUGCGGCAGACAGAUACGGCCUGUGGCCCAUCCUUAACUACCAGACAGCGGAGCUCAUCGAACAGAAAGCCCAGAUUUUAUUGGACUGUGGAGAGGACAACAUCUGCGUCCCUGACCUGAAACUCUCUGUGCACGGGGACAGGAAGGAAGUGUACAUGGGCGAUGACAACUCUCUGACCCUGACUUUCAACGCAAAGAACGACGGAGGCGGAGCUUACGAAGCCGAGCUGUAUGUGGUCUUGCCACCAGAGGCCGACUACAGCGGAAUAGCCCGCAAUAACGAGAGCCUGACCCAACUGACCUGCAGUUAUGAGACGGAAAAUCAGACCCGUUACCUCAGCUGUGACCUGGGGAACCCCAUGAAAUCAGGCACUAGCCUAUGGGCCGGACUGAGAUUCACAGUACCACGUCUGAAGGACACACACAGAUUUGUGCAGUUUGACCUGCAGAUCCGUAGUAAGAAUGAGAAUAACUCCCAGAGUGAAGUCGUCCCCUACAAGUUGGAGGUGGUGGUCCAGUCAGAUGUUAUUCUACAGGGUGUCUCCCGACCAGACAAGGUCUUCUUUCCCCCACCGAACUGGAAGUUGACCAAGAAUGUGAUGGUUGAACAGGAUGUCGGACCCUCCGUCCAGCACACUUAUGAGUUGGUGAACAACGGGCCGAGCCGCAUCAGUCACACUCUCUUGCAGCUCAAAUGCCCCAUGAGGCUUCAAAGUAACAGGUUCAUUUACCCGCUGGAGGUCACGACGGAGGGCCCUGUUAACUGCACCACCCACAACAUAGUCAACCCCUUGAACCUCAAGCUCCAGCAGUCUUCUACCGAGCUGCCUCCUUUACGAGAUGCGGCACACGAACACCACAUUGAGAAGAGGGAAACGCACAAGGGCGAGCUGUCUCAGCUGACCAAUUUGUCUUGCUCCAGUGUGGAUUGCUGGACUCUAACGUGUAACGUUGGCCUGCUGGAGCGAGGGACUAGUGCCAUACUGCAUGUUCGCUCGCGAAUCUGGGCAGAAACGUUCAUGGAGAAUCCUUAUAAAAGCUUAAUUCUGGAGUGCCUUGCUAGUUACAAAGUGGAAAAGAUGCCAUAUGCCAUUUUGCCCAAAGUGACUCCUAGUGGUGCUAAAAAGAUGGUCACUCCUGUGGUCUGGAAUAAGCCAGACGGUACGUAUGCUGUUCCUCUGUGGAUCAUCAUUCUGGCUAUUCUGGCUGGUCUUCUACUGCUUGCACUACUGAUCUACGUCCUCUACAAGCUCGGCUUCUUCAAGAGAACUCCGUACGGCACGGCCAUGGAAAAAGCCCAGCUCAAACCUCAGGCUGCAUCCGAGGCCUAAACUACACAAGAGAGCAUUCAGAAAACACGUCCCAGAGAAUGUUCUUAACCAGAGGCCAUCCAAAGAGAGCUUACUUGCUGUUUAAAAAAAAAA